GAGACGGAAGAAAAUUCCAAGUCGAGGCUCAGCUUGGCCCUGAUGGGUAUCCGGCUCGCUUCCGCAAGAAUGGAAGCCACUCGACUCGGGCGAGACGUUGUAUCCUUGCAGAGGAACGCCGGGAUCUUGAGUUUUGAGGUUGCGGAGGAACGCCUUAGAGACCUCAACCGCUACCAUCUGGCUGCCGGGGCUGAGCUAUGGCAACACCAAAGGAUGAGAAUGCGAUACACCUCGGAACUGACUUCGAUCCAGGGACCGCGGAAUGCGCUCCUCAUGUCGAGCCGGAUCAAGAACUGCUUCUAUAAUCACCACCUCGUAGUUGUUCCGGUGGAUGCUACGAAAAGCCCCAUCACACGAUGGCGAACGGAGAUUCUGUACCCCAGCAUCCUGCAGACGAAGCUUUGUCCUGGUCAUGACGCGUCGUCGCUCUAUGGAAGGGAACUGGUCUUCCUCAACGAGAGACGUCAGACUCCGCGGUAUCUCUACUUUCACUUCCUGAUGGCGCUGAUCCGGAUCAGAGAUCUCAAAGACCUGGGGUGGCAGGAUAUAUGGGCACGGUACUAUGAGCGCUGUCCUUCCCUGACGCCCGGGAGACACAUUCGGCAAAGCAUAUUGGCCGCGCUGGCCACGCAUUUCGAGACGGCCGACAUGACUGCGGUGGAGUCCUGGAUCGCGGACUACGGGUUCGAGUCGCCGCUGAGGCUGACCGGAGGCGAAGUCACGGAGGCGGCCCGGCGGCUUCACUUGGCAGUGGAGGAUGUCGUUUCUCGAGGAGAAGAGGAGGAGAGGCGUGGGAGGGACAAGUGGGAGGAAGAGGUAGAAAGACGAGGACACGGAUUCAGAUGCUGGAUGGAGAUGUCACACAUCAAAUGA